CGCCCCCUGGUGCAACCGGACACAUCACCGGUGACUCGUCACUCCGCGCUGGAAGAUGGCUGCGGUGGAACGGACCCCGGUUAGGGAAGGGAUCCGGAUCGCUGUACUGUGUGUGUUUUGGUAUACGGUUAGCUCGGGGGGCAACGUCGUCAACAAAAUUAUUCUAAAUGGAUUCCCGUACCCGGUCACGGUCUCUCUCUUCCACAUUAUGUCGAUCGUGGUCUUCCUUCCACCGCUCUUGCGGGCAUGGGGUGUCCCCAAAACAGAACUACCGAGCAGGUACUACCGGUGGUACAUUCUGCCUUUAGCUUUUGGAAAAUACUUCGCAUCCGUGUCGGCUCAUUUCAGCAUAUGGAAAGUUCCUGUUUCGUAUGCUCACACUGUCAAAGCCACAAUGCCAAUAUGGGUCGUCCUGUUAUCAAGAAUUAUCAUGAGGGAGAAGCAAACCACAAAGGUGUAUGUAUCGCUCAUCCCCAUCAUCGGUGGGGUGCUGCUGGCCACGGCGACUGAGCUCUCCUUCGAUGUUUCUGGAUUAAUCAGUGCUCUGGCUUCGACGCUCUGCUUUUCCCUGCAGAACAUCUUCUCCAAAAAAGUGUUGCGUGACACCAGCAUCCACCACCUGAGGCUGCUCAACAUCCUGGGCUUCAACGCUGUGAUUUUCAUGGUACCCACAUGGGUUCUGGUGGACCUGUCUGUGUUUCUUGUGAACGGGGACCUGUCGGAGAUCUCAGGAUGGACGGGUACUUUUGUCCUCCUCCUCAUCAGUGGCUUCUGCAACUUUGCCCAGAACGUUAUCGCCUUCAGCGUCCUGAACCUCGUCAGCCCCCUCAGCUACGCCGUGGCCAACGCCACAAAGAGGAUCAUGGUCAUCAGCAUAUCUUUGUUUAUGUUGCGCAAUCCGGUCAGCCUCACAAAUGUUCUUGGUAUGAUGACGGCCAUUGUCGGGGUCUUUCUUUACAACAAGGUGAGUCGUGCCAAGUAUGACGCUAACUUUCACAAGAAGCUGCUGCCAAGCACCAAACAGGACACCACGGGGUUCGACAACCCGGCGCUGGAGAAGAUCCACGCCAACGGGUCAGUGCCUUUCCCCCGCGGCUUGGAGCAGCAGCACAACUGGAACAACGUGCUCACCGACCACUUCCAGUACAGCAGGCAGACCUACACGCCAGAGUACAGCAGCAACCACCAGUACGUGGUGUAACCUCGCUCCCGACGGCUGUGGCAGACCCGCCUGCGCCUAGCUGCCCUCCCAGCAGCGGGUCUGUGCGCCCGCUCCCAACCUAAGACUGAAGGCUCCGUCCAUGGAUGUGUGCAUAAACCUGAGCUUCA